AUGCGUUAUGACUCAAAAUACGGAAGUGGACACUCAAAAUUGAAAUUUGUCCACCAUUUUUUCGUUAAUUUUAGUUCCUUUAAAUAUGAGAUGACAAUAUGAAGCCUAAAACUGGCAGACCGCGCAAAGAGCGCGAAAUUGACAAGGAUACAGUUGUCGCCUAUCAUGAGUUUCUUCAAGGACGUAUACAGGGGGAACUAAACGGGGUUACGAUCGGCCCCGGAUAUACGCUCAGUAGAUUUGCAUUUGGGUUUUUUGGUUUUGGUUUUAUAUGUAUGAUUGUGGGUAUUCUUGUGAUCACACUUCGCCAUAGACAUGUAUACCUGGUGUCUUGGGAUGACCAGUUCCUGGGUCCAUUCUUUAUCAUCAUGUUUUUACUUAGUUGUGCUGUAGCCACAUUUUUGUUACUGAUAGCCAAACGAAGGACCAAUCAAUACAGAAAAGACCUUGCUUUUCGACCAAUCGGAGACUACGGUGUUGCUGUGGUCCACAAGAGCAAGCUCAAUUAUGAUGAUCAAAAGAAGACAGAGUUAAAAUCUGGAACUACACCACAUAAUGUCAGACAUCCAGGCCGACCUGGAGUAAAUGACAAAGGUAACCGGGGUGAUUAUAGCAAGAAUCGUGGCUAUGAUAACCGUGGUUACAAUGACGACAAUGGUCGUCGGACCUAUGACGAUGAAAAACGACGUGAACGUGACAGAGAAAUGAGUAGGGACCAGAGGGAUGGUCGUGGCCCAGGUGAUAGACCCAGGGGUGAUAGGCAAGGGGCGACCGGCCACCGAGAAGGGAUGGAGAUCGCCGUCCACCACCACCAAGGGAAGGAGAACGGGGCAGAAGACCUCCUGGUGAUCCAAACCGUCCUAGACCUCCUCGAGGACCUGAUGAUGAUCGUCGUAGGGCUGAGGCAAGAAGGAGGUAUGAAGAAGAUAAGAGAAGAAGAUUUGAAGAAGACAGAAGGCGAGCUGAGCUCAGGAAACAGGCUGAAGCUGAAAGCUAUGAUCGUAUGGAGAGAACACCAAGUCAGGAGCGAGGUAUAGAUGUAGAUGAGGGAACAAGAACAUACCAGGUACAGACAACAGUCAAGUUGACACGGGAGACACAAGGAAUGGAUGAGUCCGACUUAUAGAUCUGUACUAUAUAAAUAUACAUCAUUGUGCUUCAUACAAUACCACAAAAUACACAUUCCUUUCAUAGGACAUUCCUGAUGACAAACUUUGUAAAUAUGUAAACAGAAUAUCACAUUAUAGAAAAAUCAAGGAUAUUUCCAGAUAGAGACAUCAUCCAUUUAUAGGACAUUAUAGAUUAUACUUCCAUGUGAACAGCAUGUUAUGUUUUAAGGAAUAAUUUCGGGAAAAGAUUUUCGACUAUAGAGUUUAGGAAAAUAGUUUAAGUCUUGUAUCACCUGAUAUGUAAGAUGGUUUUAGUUUAUAUUGGAACUAAAAUUCUUUAGGAAUUUUAGGCUGAAUAAAAUUUAUUAAUAGAUGGAAACAGUUGAAUUAAAAGUAACAAUGUCUUAAAAUAAAUACAUGUAGUUGUUUGGGAAGUGAUAUCAAUUGUAGAAGAAAAUAAUUUUUUUACAAACAUUAUUUACCUAUUAUUAUAUGUUUAAACAAAACUAUAUUCUGUGUUAUACUUUUAAAUUCUACAUGUGUUCAAUAAAUUUGCAAUGAAGUCUAUUGGAAAUAAAUAAGUAUAAUCGUACUCUGGCUUAAAGUUAUUAUAUAAUUAUGAAGAAUGCAUCAAUUUUUUCCAAUUAAAUGUAAAUUAAAUAAGAAUGCUAAAAUUCUUUUUUAUCUUGAAAUCAUAGCAUUGUGAUUAUAAUUACGGAUACAGAAUAUUAACUUGUUCAAUAAUUUUAUAAAAAUGCUGAUAUUUGUUUUUAAAUAGCAUAAUUUAAUUUAAUAAUAUUCUGUUAUAGGUUUUUAUAGGCUAAAUACAAAAAAAGGAAAUAGCUUAAACUACAGUUUGUAGAGUGGAAACUGGUUUUAUAUGGCAUAUUAGUUCUUUAAUAGCCAUCUUUUGUACAUGUAUAUAAUAUGUCACAUUUGUAUUCAAUAAGCAAUCUGAUUUUUGUAUAAUGUAUUAUAUCCUUAUAAAUAGAUCAAUCAUUUUUGUUUUAUACUAAAUUACAUCAUCAUUUUGGUGAGACCAAUUUCACAUUGUAUAUAGAUAAACCCAUUAUAUUUUUAUACAAAUCAUUUUUAUAUUAAUCAUUAAUUGUAUUGUCUUUUUAUUAUCACAAUUAUUUUUGACGCAGUAACAUAUUUUUUUAUAACUUCAUCAUAGAGAGCAUUACUGUUUAUCAAAGAAAGGAAAUUAUAAUUAUAAAUGAAACAAUGAAAAGUUCAUGAAUGUGAAAAGAAUUAAACUUUUUUUUUCAAGAUCAAUUGAAUGAUUAACAAAGAACUGAAUUGUUCUAGAAUUCAUAUCGUUGUGAAAAAUGUUUAUUUAUAACAUAUUAAAGGGAGAAAACUGAAACUUUGAUGUGAGUGUUUAUCUUAAAAGAGUUAUCAAACAUUUUCUGUGUUAAAAAUUAUUUUGGACUAUUAGUAUUUCAAGAUCUCUGAGUGAAAGAAAAUGAACUGAAUUUUUUUUUUAGAAAGCAUAUCAAGAUAAUACUGGUUAUGAAAAAUGUUUAUAUAUAACAUAUUAAAGGGAGAAAACUGA